GCUACUUGGAAUAGUUUGAGUAAUCUUGACAAAGUGAAUUUUACUAGUUGAGAGAAAGCAAGUUCCUCAAUAAAAAAAAAAAAAGAAAAGAUAUGAAGGAGGCAAUCUCCUCAUUAUUUUUCUUUUACUUAAAAAAAAUUCUAAAAGAUCAUGAAGGGAGCAAUCUCCUCAUGUUUGACAAUUACUUGGCUCUAACUUCUCCUUCCCUUUACAUGCAAAUGGCUUAAGUUGUUCUCAACAUCCAUGUGUAAAAAUAAAUAAUUAGAAGUUAGGUUUACUCAUUAAUAGAACAUUAGGAACUUAUCUUUCAAAAUGCCAAUUAGAUAAAUCUAUGAUUUUUUAAUAAUGCUUAUAUUUCUUUAGGUGUUGAAAGAUUGGUCCUAAAAGGAAUUAUCCAAGAGUUCGUUCACCUAUUCUCACUAGAGCUCUUGCAAGGAAGAUGGCUGACGAAGCUAAUGUAGAGAAGGUUGCUUUGGAAAAUCGUGUUGAAAAUAUGGAAAAUACUUUGAAGGAAUUGAUGGCGUCCUUCCAAUCUCUUCAAGCAACCUUAGUCACAAGGGCACCUUUGACAACAAUUCCUUUAUUUGAAGGAAAUGUUCCGGUGGCAAAUCUCCCUGUGGCCACAUCUGCUUUAACUCUUGGGAAGGAGCCUAUCCAAGCCUUAGACCAUGAUACAAGCUUAUUCAAAGCCCUUAUCAGAGAAUUUGAAAGCUAUUGAAUCUGAGAUUGGGUUGUUAUCUUAGGGAUUGGGAUUUGAGUAUUAGAAGCACAUUAGGAUUGGGUUUUACUUUUGUCUAUAAAAAGGAGGGGCUUUUGGCUUCUAAGGGAGGUCGAAAAUUGGGGGAAAAAUUGAGGGAGAAGGGGAGAAAAUUGGUGAAGCUCAAAAGGAAUAUUGGAGAGAUCGAGACGGAGAAAGAGAGCAAAGAAGAAAGGCAAAUCAGAAACUUGUACUUGGGGUUCAAGAAAUAAAGUCUUGAUUUUCCU